AUGCUGGUUGUUGUUGUUUCCCAGAUCAUCUCUCAGAGAAAAUGGGAGUGGUUUGGGACAAUACGAGAACGCCCAGUCUCAGAUUUACAGAAGUUCGAUUCUGGCAGUCGGGGGAUUGUUGGAGCCAUACAGUUGUUGCCUACGGUACUUUGGCGCGAUCUGAUUACUUCCAUGGCCGCGAUCAUUCUCUUCACUUCAUUCUUGGUUGGCCCGUCUGUACAACUGGCUAGUCGGACAUCAGAAUGCACAUUUGCUGCCUCUGGUCUCAACGCCUCUAUAAGUUUCGCUCACUAUAUUCCACGUCGAAGCGGCUACGUUUCCGAUGUCGAACGCGACGAUCUAGGAGUCCCUGCACCCGACCUUAUUACGGUGAUCCUCUCCGCUGUUACCGCUCCUGGAAGCGUGGAGAAUCGAAUUCGGGGUUCGUGUUCUACUGGAAAUUGUACGUUCCCAAAUGGCGAUCCUGCACACUCAGAGCCUGGUAUCCCAUAUGACAAGGACUCCGUAACGCAUUCAACGGUGGCUAUGUGCAAUAAGUGCACUGAUAUCUCAUCUCUCGUUGUACGAGAGAACUCAACUUGUGGGUACCCAGUCCUGUCACUACCCAACAAUAUGUCUGUCUCGAGAGGGUGUGGCGGACGAGAGGUGGUUCGCAUCCAACCGAACAGCGAUCUUUCUUGGAUGGGCGAGCUUCUGACAUCCGAGUUGAGAACCUUCUCAAGAUGGGCUUAUGUCAACGCCUCAUUCGUUGGAUUGAACUCAUACGCGAAUGAGACUGUUGCGGCAGUGAUGUGUAGCCUGUACCCGUGCGUACAGACAUACACUACGUCGAUCAGCAACAACGAAGUUUCGGAGACCAAGGUCGGAUCCAAAGUCAUGCAACUCGACAUGCUCUGGAACGAUCAAGUUAAAGAAGAUGGAAGUCAAAACACUCUCGAGAAUUUGUUCAUAAGCUACACGGCCGUCCAAUCUCCGUGUCGAGCGCAGGGCCAGGUCUAUGACUUGAACAACGAGACAAGUGCCUGGAUAAAUGGGACAGAUCUCGCACUCCAUGAUUUCACAGACUACGGCCACACAGGGGCUGCCCAACCGGUCUCUAUGAACAUCACUGCUCCAAAAGAGUGCAUCUAUCGUCAGCAUCCACAAUUUGUUGUUGCAAUAUCGAGAUUGUUGAAUCAUGAGAUAUUCAACGGAUCUUGCAGGUUGACCAAGACAUUUAAUUGCCGCGAUGCUGAACAGUCGGAUUCGGAUGAAAAGUUUCUGCCGGGGCUUGGUGCGGAGACGGUUCUACGGGCUCUCUAUGGUGAGAGCUAUACGAGUCUAUCGAACCUCACUACCGGACUUUCCAACGUCACAGAGUGGUUUGACCUGUUUGCGGAGGCUAUGACAAGAAGAUUUCGAUCGGACUACGGAUCGGCUGACGAGGGCGAUAGAAAAGGAGAGGACCUUCCGCUGGACGAGAUCCACGGCCUGGCAUGGCAGAUGACGACUUGCGUAUCGAUGCGUGGAGUAUGGUUGAUAUUUCCAAUCAGUCUUACGGUGAUCACGGCAGCUCUGGCAAUAUGGACAAUGGCGAAAAAUUGGAGACAUCGCAAAAGCAGACCUGUGUGGAAAGACAGCACCUUACCGCUCAUUUUCUACGGCCGUGACAUCGUGGAUGGCGCCCUGGACAAACACAGCUUCGACUCAUGCGAGCGAGCAUCUCAAGAUCAGAGCCCGAACCAAACCAAGGACAAGAUCAAUCCGCUUGAAACGAGGAACAUGGAGAAAAUCGGUGAUAGCACUGCUGUCACCAUUCCGUGGCUGCAUGAUAAAGAUAACAGUGGUGAGGCACCUACCUUUCGCAAGCGAGCAAAGUGGAGUUGGCACCUGCGGAAGAAUCGAAAAAAGACCAGCGAUGACCAGCUUCUCGACAAAGACGGAGGUACAGAAAUCCAUCCAGAAAUCCAUACGGAUCAAGCAAUCCCCGACGUUACAGAACCACACGAAGACAAUCAGACACUGGAAGUGGAACAAAUCGAUGGUGACACGCAAAGUCCUGGAGUGACAGAGAGUCAGGAACAUAUUCCAUCGUGUGAAGAAGCUGAACCACGACAAAGCUCACCUAUACAUCCUCAGGCAUAUACACACGACCGAGUAAGAAUAAGCGAUGACGCGGGUGCUCUCUGA